GGGGCUAUGUUUUCUAUCGACUCAAUAAAACAUCACAGUGAAGUAGGGAAAAAGCUUGAGAUAGAAUCAGGGGCUCUGGGAGUAACCAGUAAGACUCUACUUCUCUGAGCCCGUUUCUCCUCUAAAAAGUGAAGAAGUGAAAUUAGACCCUUCCCUUUCAAAGUAAGGCCCUUGGAUUGAACCAGCAGGAUUGUCUGGAGCCUGGGGUAGGGGAGAAUCUCAGGCCUCACCCCAGUCCCACAAAUCAAGAGCUGCAUUGGUCCAGGUGAUUCCUAUACACCUUAAAUCAGAGAAGCUCUGGAAUAGAGGAUUUCUGGUUGUCUGCCUGCUCCAGAUUGCUGACUGUAAGCCUGCACGUAUUCAAAGAUCAAGGUAUUAUUGUUACCAGCUAGCACAGGUCCUUGCUUCAGUGAUAAUGGAAAUUAAAAUGGAGGCAAUCAGCACAAAUUUACAGUUAAGAAGCAAGACAAAUUGAGAAGCUAUGGGCAAGGUACACAGGCCCCCACCUGGGCAACACAGGCAUUGUGAGGGAUGCAUCAACCACCACUGCCAUGUUCCUGUGGAGCCUGGUGUCUCCUGCCUGGUGAUAAAUUGCCACCUGCUGUGUGGUGCAACUUUCCACAUGUGCAAAGAGACAGAGCACGAGCUCCUGUGUCCUUUAGAGCAGGUUCCGUGCCUCAACUCCGAAUAUGGCUGCCCCCUUUCCAUGUCCCGUCACAAGCUGGCCAAGCACCUGCAGGUGUGCCCAGCCAGUGUAGUCUGCUGCUCCAUGGAAUGGAACCGCUGGCCAAACGUGGACUCAGACACAGUCCUUCAUGAGAACAUCAUGAAAGAGGCUCCGAGUGAGGAGUGUUUGGACACAGCCCUUGCCUUACAGGACCAGAAGGUCCUCUUCAAAUCCUUGAAAAUGGUAGAACUCUUCCCAGAAACUAGAGAUGCCACUGAGGAGGAACCCUCUAUGAAUGGUGAAACCAGUUGGGAAGAAAUGGCAGGAGCAGUGGGGGGAGUGGGUGCCAUUUUGGAACCACAUGCAGCAGCUAAAGGUGAAAUGAUAGAAUUGAGCCAAGAAGAACGAGAGGCAUUAGCCAAAACCAAAGAAGGGAUGGACCUGGCCAAGUUUGACCAGUGGGAAAACAUGUUCAGCAAAGAGCAUGCAGCCUCUGCUUUAACAAGUACACCAACAAGGAGUGAAAACAAGAGUGAAAAAGCCGCAGGGAAAGAACACAGUUCCAGUGGCAAUAACAUGACAGACACAGAAGUUGCUGCGAAAGGGGCAGAACCACAGGAUGACCAGAAGCAACAGAACUUGUCUGCAGUCAUAGAAAAGACAGGGCUUGCCCCCUGGCAGGAUGGUGUUCUGGAAAGACUGAAAACAGCUGUGGAUGCAAAGGACUAUAAUAUGUAUCUAGUGCACAAUGGGCGGAUGCUCAUUCACUUUGGUCAGAUGCCUGCCUGUACACCCAAGGAGAGAGACUUUGUUUAUGGCAACCUUGAGGCUCAAGAAGUUAAGACUGUUUACACCUUCAAAGUUCCUGUGAGCUACUGUGGAAAGCGAGCUCGGCUUGGAGAUGCUAUGUUGAGUUGCAGGCCAAGUGAACACAAGGCUGUGGAUACUUCAGAUUUGGGGAUCACUAUAGAGGACCUGCCCAAAUCAGAUCUCAUCAAGACCACCCUCCAGUGUGCUUUGGAAAGAGAACUCAAAGGCCACAUCAUCUCUGAAUCCAGGAGCAUUGAUGGGCUGUUCAUGGAUUUUGCCACACAGACAUACAACUUUGAGCCAGAACAGUUUUCCUCUGGGACAGUGCUAGCUGACCUCCUUAGCACAACUAACCUGGGGGGACUCCACGUGGAGCUCCACAGUGAGUGUGUCACCAGGAGACACAACAAGAGCAGCUCCACCUUUACUUUCACCUGCAACAAAUUCUUCAGAAGGGAUGAAUUCCCCCUGCACUUCAAGAACGUCCACACAGACAUUCAGUCAGGCCUCAACGGCUGGUUCCAGCAUCGAUGCCCCCUCGCCUACUUGGGAUGUACAUUUGUUCAAAACCAUUUCCGUCCCCCAGGGCAAAAGGCAAAAGUCAUCUACAGUCGAGAGCUCAAGACCUUUGCCAUCAAGCCAGAGGUUGCUCCAGAGCUGAGUGAGGGAAGGAAGAACAACCAUCUCUCAGGCCAUGGAGGAAAAAGCCAGAAUUGUCUAACUAACCUGCCCCUGGAGGUUUUGCAGUACAUUGCUGGGUUCUUGGACAGCAUCAGCCUGUCCCAGCUCUCACAGGUAUCCACACUGAUGAGGAAUAUCUGUGCCACUUUGUUACAAGAGAGAGGAAUGGUCCUCUUGCAAUGGAAGAAGAAGAAAUAUUCCCAUGGAGGAACUUCCUGGAAAGUCCACAGAGAGAUCUGGCAAUUCAGCAGCCUGUUCUCCAAAAUCAAGAGCUGGGAGUUUAAUGAAGUUACUUCCAUGUCUGAGCACCUGAAGGCGUGUCCUUUCAACAUUGUAGAGCACAAGACCGACCCGAUUCGUUUGACCAGCAUGUGCCAACCCCGUGAGCAGGCCCAGGAGAGCUUAGUUUCCACCUUUAGAGCCAGAUCAAGAGGAAGACACACCUAAAGAUCCAGAUGUUACCAUGCUUGGACUUCUCCUUGGAGUUGUUAAAAGCAGGACAGUGUGUGGUUUGUGGACUCAGCUCCGUAGCUGUGCAUCUGCAUCUCUGGGUGUUAAAACAUGCAAUGUCCUUCAAACCUUGCACUUGGCAUAAAAAUUUCCUAAGCUAUGGCUUGUACUACAGUGCCACACUGAUGUCUGUUUUCUUUUUUUAAAUAGAUCAGUCUGAAGAGAAAAUAAGUAACUUGAGGCCAUUUGGAAAAUGAACCCAGAUCCUGUGGAGAUGAGAGAACAAUAAAAUUCCAUAACCAGAAUAAGCCUGUGAUUUUACCUAGGGCUUUUUAAUUUACAAAGCACUUGCAAACUCAUGUGGCAGACAAUGCAGGACAGCAACUGAGAGGCAGAGAGUUAUCUUCCAGCCUGAAGGUUCUGGAGUCAGGUCUGUCUUCCAGAAAAUUCCAGGGCUUCUUUUAGUCCCCUUAUUGCCUCUAAGCCCAGAUGGGCUCAGCUCAGCCUAACCGAACAGAGCUGCCAUGAGGGCAUCACAGACCAAAAGAUGAGAGUGUAAUGAGGCCAUUGAAUUUAUUCUGUAGAAUCUUGGCAACAUAUAGAAGGAAAGCUUUGAAAAAUUAAGGAGAGCCCAGAGGAGACAUUGUAUUUAUGGAGAAAAUUGGGAUAAAGACACAAGUCUACUUCUGAACAUUUUAAUAAUGAUUUAAGAGUUGAGAAUGUUCUUUCUUAAAAAGAACAUUCUAGGCCUGGCUUAGGGAUGGCACAGGCAUAGCCCAGUGUCACUUCAUGUCAUCAGAAGUGACAUCAAUUCAUAACACCAACCUCAGUGUCAUGUCAGAUUGCACAGGGUGGUCCAAAGACAUCACACAUACAGCAGAGUCCAGACAAAGUCCACUGAAGUCCUUGUAGUAUCAGCCAUCAGGUCCUAGACACCCCUGGGGUACUGUUUGGGGUUUUGGAGAGGAAGAUAAUAAUAUAAUGGGUUCCUAAAAUUGCUCCUACCAAUUACUGGUCAUGCCUCCAGCCUGUCAAAAAUGGAUGACACUGCUAUUUUUGGUAACAAACUGAAUAUGUGUGAGAACAGAAAUUUUAAAACAUAAUAAAAACUAUUAUCUCCUACAGCAAGUUUUCUCAGCCUUGAAACUAGUGAGAUUUUAAACUGGAUAACUUUUUGUCAUAACUCUUUGUCUCUGUCCCAUGUAUUAUAGGAUAUUUAGCAGCAUCCUUGGCCUUUAUCCAUUAGAUGCCAGUAGCACCCCCAUAAUAAACAACCAAAAAAGAUCUCCAGACCCAAUGUCCUUGGGGAGCAAAAUAGGUCCUGGCUGAGAACCACUGUCCUAAGUAUGUUGUAGAAGUGACAGUGAGUUAGAAUACACUUAUUUUUUUAGUACAGCAAAAUAUAGCCUCACAUAGUUAAUGAAAAUGGCUACGGUUUAAUGUAGUUCUUAUUUAUCUAGUAAUACCAAGUUGGGAACUAGAUGGGGCUGGUUUGCUUGAUAUGACUUUAUGUCCUUGAGCCGCAUGCAAGAAUAUAACCUUUCUACUCUCUCCCAGGUAAUAUAAUUGAAGCUAGAAAGUUUGAAUUAUUUGUUGUGUUUGUAUCCCUCUUACCUUAAUUGGUGCCAUUUUACCAGCAGUUCUCAGGCAAGUGAGAAAGAGGGAAAAUGGGACAGGCAUCGUAAGGAAGCAGAAAAAAAAGAAUUUAGCCAAUGAAAGAAAGAGUCUCGUCAAUCUGGGCGUUGUUGUUACCUGGGUCUUGCUCUGACCAUGGGCCAGAGCUGGCACAGAUGAAGCAAACUCCACCUCACCAAAGAGUCACGAUGGAAGUAGAGCAAGUCCCAGAGCAGAAAUAGCCUCAAUUUUUUUCAUUAUAUUGUGCCACUUGGUACAUUUGGUAAUGUUAUUCUCUAUUUCUUAAUAUUUAUUGUUUCAUUUAUAUUUUGCAUUUGUAUACAAGCUACCAUUUUUGAAAACUGUAGAGUGUGAUUUUGGUUUUUUAUUCAGUGAAGAUGAGUAACUGAAAACUACUAGACACUGAAAUGGGAAAGAAGGAAGAGAGUUCUCCUCCUAUCAGUUCCAUGUGUUUUUAAUCUGGCCUUUCCUACACAGAGAAAUAAGAAUCCCAAACUCCAACAUACAUAUAUAUAUAUAUGAAAAAGAGACAAAGGGGAACUACAGACAGAUAGAGAUGAACAUCAAGGGCUAUAGUUGCAUGUAUGAGAAGCAGGAUACUAGAGAGACAGGUGUAUGAGUGUGUGUGUGUGUGUGUGUGUGUGUUGAAGAAACACCGAGGAGGGCAGAGGGCUUUCCCUGUACAACCUGGGCAGGUGGGGCAGCCCAGGUCCAGGAAAGCAGUCAGGAUAGAACUCUGCUCACACCUGCUCCAUGUGUCACACUUCCAGCCUCACUUUCUUCUCCUAAUUGCUGCCUUCAGAGCAGUACCACAUUGAUCAACAUCACUAAACACAUUUUAUAUGAUUUUUAAAUUGUCUGUGUUGCUGGAAGCCAGUGCUGCAGGUAUCCUCGGUCCCUAGGAAGAAGUGCAUUUCACAAGGCAUGUGCAGGUGUAGCUAACGGAGACCCUUUUAAAGAGGCUGAGUUAGAUAGAUGGUUUGCUUCACAAGGUGAAGUUUCUAGUGAGCAGAGUGGGGAACAAGUGUCAUCUGAUAGAGGCAAGAGAGCUAGAUGUGACUUCAGAUUAAGAUGCCCUCGAGGAGCUGGGCAUUGUGGGGCACACUUGUAAUCCCAGCAUUCUGGAGGAUAAGUCAGGAGGAU